UCUUCUCCUCUCAUUCCCAUUUCCCAAUAUCCUUUCUUCUUCUCUUGUUCCCUUUUGGUCUCAUUAUUAGUCACGUAAAAAUAUUAGGAGUACAUAUAUAUAGAGAUAAAAAUUAUAUAAAAAGACUUGAAAAAAUAAAAAGAAUGGAGGAAGAAAGAAGAUCAAAGUUUAAGAGGAUUUGUGUAUUCUGUGGAAGCAGUUCUGGAAAGAAAAGUAGCUAUCAAGAAGCUGCUAUUGACUUGGGUAAAGAGCUGGUGGAGAGAAGGAUAGAUUUAGUGUAUGGAGGUGGAAGCAUUGGUCUCAUGGGUCUUGUUUCUCAGGCUGUUCAUGAUGGCGGCCGCCAUGUUCUUGGAGUGAUUCCAAAGACUCUUAUGCCUAGAGAGUUAACUGGUGAAACUAUUGGAGAAGUGAGAGCAGUGUCCGGUAUGCAUCAAAGGAAGGCCGAGAUGGCCCGGCAAGCUGAUGCCUUCAUUGCCCUCCCUGGUGGUUAUGGCACCCUUGAAGAACUUCUUGAAGUCAUUACAUGGGCUCAGCUUGGAAUCCACCAGAAACCAGUGGGGUUGUUAAAUGUUGAAGGUUACUAUAAUUCCUUAUUGUCUUUUAUU